AUGUUGCCCGUGAUCUUUUUCAUAUUUGCUAUAUGCGAUGCAGUAUGGAUCGAUGAAGAGUACUGGACAACGGUCAGUAAUGAUGGAUCCUUACUCGGUGAUCGAACCGUUAAAGAUUUCCUGACAUUUCAUACCGUUCAUCUCAAAGUACCUACAAGGAGAGCAUACGUCGCUUUUUGGGUAAUGUAUGACGAACUUGGCCAUUAUGAAACAUUUGGACAUGCUUAUUUGGUUCAAAACGGAGUUUGUGCUCGUUUUGUGGAUCGUCAUCACAAGGCCAAAACGAUCUGUGGCGGUUUUCGUGUGCUUUCCAGGAGUAAUAAUAAUGGAAAUUUAGCAUUUAAAUUCGUACAAGCUGGACAAGCUAACAUUCAUGAAGCACUGGAAUAUCGUAGCAGACAAGUAGCCAAGAUUGUAAGUUGGGCAAAGAAUGAAGUGUGGUAUGGAAGUGCUCGCAUGAGGGAAGCAUUUGCCGAAGGCAUCGAUUAUGAAAAUGAAUAUGUUAAGAUAUCUUAUGUUGAUGAUCCCUUCUUUUAUCAACAAAAUGUUUAUAUUCUCGUAAGCUGCAAUCCGGAUGAUCAGGAAGCCGGAAAGUCACAAUACUACGCAUAUUAUCAUGUUCUAAAUGAAGAAACAAGUGGCAAUCAAAAAUCACGGUUUGAUCAGCAACACCAGCGAAUAUUACGCCAUAAACAACAGCUAAAUGAACAACAAAUUAAACGUGAACUACAAAAUGAUGAAAAUGAAGAACAGCAUAGAUAUGAAUUACAAGAGUAUCAACAAAGAUAUCAAACGGCAAACGAACAGCAACAAUUCUCAAUGGAUGAUGAACCCGAUGAAAAGUGGAAAUUUUAUCAACAUUCCCGACGACUUUAA